GCCAGGAGCUCGGUGCGGGGCCGCGGCGGCUUCUCACGUGGCGGGUCGAAGUGUCAGGGCGGACGUGGCUGGGCGGGAGCGCGGGCCGAGCGAAGGAACGACUGACGGACGGAUGGACGGGCGGGCGGGGUCCCCCAGCCCUGGCGGGGCGCCGCGGGGAAGCACGGCGGCCUUGACGUUCGCCUCGGUUAAGUCGGCGAGCAGGGUGCUUUAUUCCACCUUGUUCGCUGUCACCAUUCUGCCUGGGGCUUCGUUCCCUUCUGGAGAAUAGUUGGGGUCGGAGUUUAUGGGACCACCAGAAUAUACAGAGUAGCAAAUGAAGGAACAAAGAAAGAAACAAAAUGCAAUUGCCGCUCCCGAGGGGCGCCUGGCACCGCACUCCCGCGCCCACCACAGCUGCGGGAAACUCAUAGCGUUUUGACAACUGCUGAUUUUCCUGUAUUGCCUGGAAAUAGUGACCACAGAAGAGAACUUACGGUGGCAGAGUAAAAAUUGAUAGGUGCAAGUCUUGGGUGCCUGUGCAAUUCAGCCUCAUGCCAAGGAACCACAGUGCUUAUUUUCCUACGAGUGUUCCUAUUCUGUUCCAGUUCCAAAACUACUGCUCCCUUUCUCUCCUAAGCUCUGCUCGUCCCGGAGCUCCUCCAGCUGCCCUGAUGACUGUAGGGGAGGAAAGUCCCCAUCUGCCCACUCCCCUGUCACUGCCCCUUUGCAAAGGAGACCAGGCUUGAAUUCUGUCUUGCCGUGUAGAGAAUUCUUUCACCUCGAGGCAGCUCUGGGGGUCUGAGCAAGAAUCCUAAAAUCAGAAGAAUGACACCUUCUCAGGUUACCUUUGAAAUAAGAGGAACUCCUUUACCAGGAGAGGUCUUUGCUGUGUGUGGAAGCUGUGAUGCCUUGGGAAACUGGAAUCCUCAGAAUGCUGUAGCUCUUCUUCCAGAGAAUGAGACAGCUGAAAGCAUGUUGUGGAAAGGAACAAUUGCACUCAGUAGAGGAGUAUCAGUUCAGUAUCGCUACUUCAAAGGGUGCUUUUUGGAACCAAAGACUAUCGGUGGUCCAUGUCAAGUCAUAGUUCACAAGUGGGAGACUCAUCUACAACCACGAUCAAUAACCCCUUUAGAAAGUGAAAUAAUUAUUGACGAUGGACAAUUUGGAAUUCACAAUGGUGUUGAAACUCUGGAUUCUGGAUGGCUCACAUGUCAGACUGAAAUAAGAUUACGUUUGCAUUAUUCUGAAAAACCUCCUGUCUCAAUAACCAAGAAAAAAUUUAAAAAAUCUAGAUUUAGGGUAAAGCUUACACUAGAGGGUCCAGAGGAAGAUGAUGAUGAUAGGGUAUCUCCCACUGUUCUUCACAAAAUGUCCAACAGCCUGGAAAUAGCCUUAAUUAGCGAUAAUGAAUUCAAGUGCAGGCAUUCACAGCCGGAGUGUGGCUAUGGCUUACAGCCUGAUCGAUGGACAGAGUACAGCAUACAGACAAUGGAACCAGAUAACCUGGAACUAAUCUUUGAUUUUUUUGAGGAAGAUCUCAGUGAGCAUGUAGUUCAAGGUGAUGCCUUUCCUGGACACGUCGGUACAGCAUGCCUCUUAUCAUCCACCAUUGCUGAGAGUGGGAGGAGUGCUGGGAUCCUUACUCUUCCCAUAAUGAGCAGAAAUUCCCGGAAAACGAUAGGAAAAGUGAGAGUUGAUUUUAUCAUCAUUAAGCCAUUGCCAGGAUACAGUUGUGACAUGAAAUCUUCAUUUUCCAAGUAUUGGAAGCCAAGAAUACCAUUGGAUGUUGGCCAUCGAGGUGCAGGGAACUCAACAACAACUGCCCAGUUAGCUAAAGUACAAGAAAAUACUAUUGCUUCUUUAAGAAAUGCUGCUAGUCACGGUGCAGCCUUUGUAGAAUUUGAUGUACAUCUUUCAAAAGAUUUUGUGCCUGUGGUGUAUCAUGAUCUCACCUGUUGUUUGACUAUGAAGAAGAAAAGCUUUAUGCAUACACAGAAAUUUGAUGCUGAUCCAGUUGAAUUAUUUGAAAUUCCAGUAAAGGAAUUAACAUUUGACCAACUCCAGUUGUUAAAGCUUGCUCAUGUGACCGCACUAAAAUCUAAAGAUCGGAAAGAAUCUCUGGUUCAGGAGGAAAGUUCCUUUUCUGAAAACCAGCCAUUUCCUUCUCUUAAGAUGGUUUUAGAAUCUUUGCCAGAAGAUGUAGGGUUUAAUAUAGAAAUAAAAUGGAUCUGCCAACAAAGGGAUGGAAUGUGGGAUGGGAACUUAUCAACAUAUUUUGACAUGAAUCUGUUUUUGGAUAUAAUUUUAAAAACUGUUUUAGAAAACUCUGGGAAGAGAAGAAUAGUGUUUUCUUCAUUUGAUGCAGAUAUCUGUACAAUGGUUCGUCAAAAGCAGAACAAAUACCCCAUAUUAUUUUUGACUCAAGGAAAAUCUGAUAUUUACCCUGAACUCAUGGACCUCAGAUCUCGGACAACUCCCAUUGCGAUGAGCUUUGCACAGUUUGAAAAUCUUCUGGGGAUAAAUGCACAUACUGAAGACCUCCUCAGAAACCCAUCCUAUAUCCAAGAGGCAAAAGCUAAGGGGCUAGUCAUAUUCUGCUGGGGCGAUGACACUAAUGAUCCUGAAAACAGAAGGAAACUGAAGGAGUUUGGCAUUAAUGGUCUAAUUUAUGAUAGGAUAUACGAUUGGAUGCCUGAACAGCCAAAUAUAUUCCAAGUGGAGCAAUUGGAACGCCUGAAGCAAGAAUUGCCAGAGCUUAAGAGCUGUUUGUGUCCCACUGUUAGCCGCUUUGUUCCCUCAUCUUUGUGUGGGGAGCCUGAUAUCCAUGUGGAUGCCAAUGGCAUUGACAAUGUGGAGAAUGCUUAGUGUUUAUUGAACAGGGGCCAUUUGAGGGCGUGCACCACUAUUUUGGGUAUUCAGUUUUUUUUUCAUCAUUGAGCAUUGUUUAUGCUUUUUGGGUUUCUCAGUCCAAUGAAGCAAUAAUGAAGUAUUUUAUUCUUUCACUAAAGUUCUGGCAAGAAUUUCAAGUAUGCUAUUUAAAUCACUUGGCCAGGUAUAAUUACCAAUUAGUCUCUGUACAAUGAGAACAUUUAUUGGUUGGUAAAUAUUUUAAACUAAAUAUGUAAGCCUAUAAUGUCAAACAAAUCUUUAUUAAAGGCAUAGCACUUUGAAAUUAAACUAUAUAAAUAUUUCAUUUAUACUUCUUAUAGCUUUUCAUUUGAUCAGGUCUGAAAUCUUAGCACUUGAGGAAAAUGACUAUGCAUAAUUAUACCUGACCAUGGACAAUAUAAGUACCUCAAAUGCAUGCAUUUGCACUGGUGAUUCCAACUGCACAGAACUUCGUGCCAUCUAUGUGCAUAGGUGUUCCACGUGGGCUGACAUGCACACACACCAUGUUCAUUCAGUGUGAGCCUUGAGGCUGCUGCCAUUAAUCAAACCAGCCUGGAGGUGAACCUUAAGCUUGUUUGAUAAGCCUUUCAAAAGUUGUUUUGUAUAAAUGUUAAAAUUCCAAAAUGCUGCAGGGUAAUUUAAUGUAUAAAUAUUAGUAAGAAGUCUGUAUUGCAUACCUAGGAGAGUAGAUCACAAUAUAUAAAUUGAUUCAGUGCAUGCUUUAGGUUUUAAGCAUGAGCUUGUACAUGUUUACUGUUAAAUCCUUGCAUCUGUGGUGCUAGGCGAUUGUGAGAAGAUGUCAAGGACUGAAAAUAUUUUGUUGCCUAAAAAAAAAGACCUAUUUGUAGGCAUUUUAAAUAUGCUUAUUUAGUGUCUCUUCCCCACCUAUUACACACCAUUGCUCCGUGGGUUUGUUUUGUGUAUAUGUGUUGUACAGUAGUUAAAUGUCCAUGCAGAAAAAUAAAUGUCCUGAAUUCUCAUAUUGGUAUUCUUUAUUGGUUAAUAUAUAUCAUGCAUGUAAUUCAUUUAGGAAUGUAGAAGGUCUUACUAUAUGUAUAUGCAUGUUUUUAGGACUAAGGUUUUCUUUUGUUAGAAGCAGAUUGUAUUGACAUAACUGUAACUUAAUGAGUAUUAAAUAAAAUGACAGAUUUAUUUUCUUCAUUA